AAGGAAAGUGAGUUCAUAGUUUGAGACGUGAAAACAUUGUUUCGCUUGGGGAGACGAAAAUUUAGUGAGUCAUGCUGCUCCGACGAUGGACGCUUGCCACUGGCACUCCGCACGCACUGGCCACUUUGACCGGGUUUAAACUGUUACCGCACCGAACGCUGUCGUCGUCACCAACGCAACCCGAGGGACCGUCGAAACCGUUCGCACUGGAACCACUGCGCGAUCGGUCGUUCGUGCGUGUCCACGGGACGGAUUCCGUCAGCUUUCUGCAGGGACUGAUGACGAACGAUAUGCGCCACUUUGAACACUCGCGGUCACUGUACGCCAUGUUUCUCCGCGUGAAUGGCCGUGUGUUUUGUGAUGCACUCAUCUUCCGACAUCCGGCAGCUCCUGCUCCUGCCACGGACUUUCUGCUCGAAUGUGACCGAGAGGUAGCGCCACGGUUAGAGAAACACUUGAAAUUGUACCGCUUGCGAAAGAAGGUCACGGUGUUGGCGGAAGAAACGUAUCAACCGUGGGUCGCCUUUGUCCCCGACAGUGACGAACAGCGGGUGGUGACGCUGGACGGGGACAUUACAACCGGUGACCGGCCCGAUGAGGACCGUGUGAAUCUGUACAAAGACCCACGUCUGCCGAGGCUCGGUUAUCGUGCGCUGAUCCGCGACGAUACCCAAGCCGCAUCGAUGGAUCGCUUGUUGGAACUCGUUCCGGGAGUUAUCGCGACCGAUCCGCAGUACACACCGUUCCGAUACUCGCUCGGUGUCGGCGAAGGAGAAACGAACCUUCCCGACGGAAAAUGCUUUCCGCUCGAGUGUAACUGUGAUUUCCUGCACGGCGUAAGCUUCCACAAGGGUUGCUACAUUGGGCAAGAACUGACGGCCCGCACCUACCAUACGGGCGUGAUACGGAAGCGCUUGAUGCCGGUGCAGUUCACCGAUGGCUUGCAAGCGCUGGAAGGCAUCCCACCGGAAGUGCUGCGUGAAGCGGAGAUCAAAAAUGAAGAUGGGGCUGUAGUCGGGAAACUGAGAGGCUACAUAGCGGGCCACGGGAUGGCCUUGCUGCGCGUCGAGAAAGUUUUAACGGGCACCACACUAGCGUUAACCGUCCCUGGCAUCCCCGCGACUAUCCCGUGCCGUACCAAGAAACCCUUCUGGUGGCCAAACGAACUGAACGCACGCUCUUAG